UCUCGCUCGAGCCUUCAGAUGAACGAAAACGGGUCGGACGGUUUGAGCUCCUCCUGUGUGUCUGGUUUUACUUUGAGUGUUGUAAACUACCUAAACUGCAGCUGAAAAGCUCCGUACAUCACCGACUUGACAACACGAGGAGGGAGCAAAAAACACCGAAAUCCCCCUGGAAGAAGAGAGAGAGGGAGCCGCCAACGGAGCUGACAUUCAACUAAACAUAUUUCCAGGGGGAUGGUGGUCCCGUACGAGGGCCAGUCAUUCUCUGCACUGAGGAGGCAGUGCCAGCAGAAUGGACGCCUGUUUGAAGACCCUCUGUUCCCCACAACCGACCAGUCUCUGUUCUACCAGAGGAACCAAAUCGGCAGAGUCACCUGGAAAAGGCCUAAGGACCUAUGCAGCAACCCCCAUCUGUUUGUGAACGGCAUUAGUGCCCACGACCUGCACCAAGGCCAGCUGGGAAACUGCUGGUUUGUAGCUGCUUGCUCCAGUCUGGCCUCCAGAGAAGCACUAUGGAAGAAGGUGAUUCCUGACUGGAAGGACCAGGAGUGGGAUGACAACAAACCAGAGUCCUACGCCGGGAUCUUCCACUUCCAUUUCUGGCGGUUUGGUGAAUGGGUGGACGUGGUGAUAGAUGACCAGCUGCCCACAGUGAACGGAGAGCUUGUGUACUGCCACUCCAAUGACAGCAACGAGUUCUGGAGUGCGUUGGUGGAGAAGGCCUAUGCCAAAAUGUGUGGAUGCUACGAGGCACUCGAUGGGGGCAACACGGCUGACGCUCUUGUGGAUUUCACCGGGGGCGUGUCGGAGCCAGUGGACUUGAUGGAGAAUGGGUUCAAAGAAGAUGAAGAGAAACGCAACGAGCUUUUCGAGAGAGUGUUGAAAGUCCACAACAGAGGGGGCCUCAUCAGCUGCUCGAUCCGGGCAACCACCGCAGCGGACAUGGAGGCCAGGCUAGACUGUGGCCUGGUGAAGGGCCAUGCCUACGCGGUGACGGACGUCCGCAGGGUGAGGCUGGGCGAAGGCCUGCUGGCCUUUUUCAGGUCAGAGAAACUCACCAUGAUCCGCAUGAGAAACCCUUGGGGAGAGAGAGAGUGGAACGGGCCCUGGAGUGACAGCUCUGAAGAGUGGAAGAAGGUCAGUAAAAGUGAGAGGGAAAAGAUCGGUGUCACUGUCCAAGAUGAUGGAGAGUUCUGGAUGACAUUUGAUGACUUUAUCACUAACUUCACAGACCUCAUCCUGUGUCGUCUCAUCAACACAUCCUACCUGAGUUUCCAUAAGACCUGGGAGGAGGCCGUGUUACGGGGCUCCUGGCGCCGCAAUGACAACCCUCUUCUCAACCGAGCCGGGGGCUGCACCAACAACAAGCAGUCCUUCCUCCAGAACCCACAGUACGUGUUUGACGUGAAGAAGCCAGAGGACGAGGUACUGAUCUGUCUGCAGCAGAAAGACCGCAGAGCCACACUAAGAGAGGGACGUGGAGAAAACCUGGCUAUUGGCUUCGACAUACACAGGGUGGAGUUAAACAGGAUCUACCGGAUGCAUGUCACCCAGCAGAAGGUUGGUGGGAGCAUCUACAUCAACUCAAGGUCUGUGUUCACACGAAUCGAGAUGACAGAGGGCCGUUACGUCAUCAUACCCACAACCUUUGACCCUGGCCUGGAGGGAGACUUCCUGCUCCGCGUCUUCACCGACGUGCCCUCCGACUGCAAGGAGUUGAUUCUAGAUGAGCCUCCACAGACAUGCUGGUCCGGGUUAUGUGGUUAUCCCUCUCUGGUCACUCAGGUUCACAUACUGAAAGCUAGUGGACUCGCAGGACAAGACUCGGAUGGAGUGUCGGACCCCUACGUGAUAAUUCGUUGCGAAGGAGAGAAAGUUCGCUCUCCGGUGCAUAAAAACACAUGCAGCCCCGUCUUCGACACCAAGGGGCUCUUCUACAGGAAGAAAGCUAACCAGCCAAUCAGCAUCGAGAUCUACAACCACAACGUGUUGAAAGAUACCUUCAUGGGUCAGGUGACGUUGCCAGUUGAGCAAGGCAAUUUCCAGCAGACGCUCCACCUGAGGGACAAGGGCGACCGCCGUGACAAUGACCUCCCUGGAACCCUCACUGUCGCCAUACUUACCAGCAACGAGCUCAAGAACAUCUGAGACCGACCACAAGAACCGUCCAGUCAGGGUUGAUUCAUCUGUCCGAUUAAAGUUUACCAAAAAGAAGUUUACCACUAAAUGUGCGUGUGCCUAUAAGAGUAAAUAUUCGUCAGGAACAGAGGGUAGGUCUGUAGAGAACAUCAGGAGGAGGUGAUGAAAAUUACAAACUCAAGAAACCUGAUUCUCUUGCUGUGUUUUGUCUUGAUGACCAUAAAUGUCUGUUUACAAAAUGAUUUACAGUACCUGGUGUAUCUGAAUAUCCUGAAAACAUUUCUGUCUGUUUGCUUAUAAACAUUGUUUACUGCUCUUUAGGUUACCGUUUCCUCUUCUAGGAUCUCAUGUUAUGUCUGUCAACCACUCCUUGGUGAUACUUUUUGUUACUUUUUAAUCUGUAUUAUUCUAAUUUACCUAAUUUUUAAUCCUAUUUGUGCCUUUUUAUAUUAUCUCUUUACAUCGCCAUGUGUUUCUUAAAUCUUGUCUCAAUGCCUUUCAUGUCUUAAAUAUAAUAAAUGCACUUUACAGACAUUAAA